GCCACAGAUCCAGACGCGGGGGUUAAUGGCCAGGUGCGCUACCGACUGGUCAACCACGCCAACCUCUUCAGGGUCAACUCCAAUGGCACCAUCUCCACCGCCGUGCCUCUGGACCGAGAGGUCAGGGGUCAGUAUGACCUCAUUGUGGAGGCGGAGGACGGAGCGGUGGAGGACCCCAGGAGGACCACACUGACUCUGUCGGUGACCGUGCUGGAUGUGGAUGAUAACAGUCCGGUGUUCUCACAACUAUCCUAUACGGUCAAUCUGCCGGAGAAUAGUCCUAAGAAGACAGUCAUCCUGCAGCUUACCGUGAGUUUGUGUGUGUGUGUGCUUGUGUAUGAUGUACAGUGAGGGAAAAAAGUAUUUGAUCCCCUGCUGAUUUUGUACGUUUGCCCACUGACAAAGACAUGAUCAGGCUAUAAUUUUAAUGGUAUGUUUAUUUGAACAGUGAGAGACAGAAUAACCCCAAAAAAAUCCAGAAAAACGCAUGUCAAAAAUGUUAUAAAUUGAUUUGUUUAUUGUUAUUCUGUCUCUCACUGUUCAAAUAAACCUACCAUUAAAAUUAUUGACUGAUCAUGUCUUUGUCAGUGGGCAAACGUACAAAAUCAGCAGGGGAUCAAAUACUUUUUUCCCUCACUGUAUGUGCAUAUGUGUGCUUGCCUGCCUGUGCGUGUGUACAAAUGUGUGUGUCCAAGAGUGCACGGCUCCAUGCACACUCAGGAGCCACAAGGCAGUGGUAUAUUUACUACUCCGAAUGCAUCCUCUAGUACAUCAAAGCACACAAGGUCAGGAGGCAUAUUGAUAGCCUAGAGCAUAUUGACAGAGGAUAUCAAAACCUCAGACAUGGACAUUUUUACAUGGCCCGCUAUUCUGUCAAGUGCACUCAGGAAAGGUCAAACAGGAACUUUUUUUACCCCAAUUUUACCCUCAUUAUUCUCUGAGGUUAAAUUAUGUUAAUUGGAAACCUGCUUGUUUUCCAAGAACCUGACUUUAGAAUUGUGGUUAUUUGCGCUUUUCAAGAACAUGCUUCUAGAAUUGUGGUUAUUUGCGCUUUUCAAGAACAUGCUUCUAGAAUUGUGGUUAUUUGUGUUUUUCAAGAACAUGCUUCUAGAAUUGUGGUUAUUUGCGUUGUUCAAGAACAUGCUACUAGAAUUGUGGUUAUUUGUGUUUUUCUAGAACCUGCUUCUUCUUUGAUCCAAAAGUUGAGUCAUUUCGUGGUUAUUUGUUGUUGGUCAGCCCAGAGAAUACAUUUUUGAGGAGACCAGUCACGUCUCGUUGUGUGAGGCUAAUCAUGGACAUUUUCAGGUUGGGUUGGUUGAUUGACAGUUUACGUGACAGUGACAGUGUCUGUCUGGUCCUAGUGCACUGAUCCCCUAGCAGUGACAAACCUCUCAUCACCGUGGCCCCCUGUCGAUCCCCAUGCCACACCGAGCCUGCUGAUAGGCUGAUAUUUUAGGCAGAUUAGUGGAGCCACUAAUGGCUGAGCUAGCACGGUAGGGGGGUUAUCUGUGUGUAGGCCCACAGCUAUUCUUCCCCCUACACACUCCAUGUGAACACACACACACACACCUCCACUUGAAAGGACUAUAAACACAAUCCACACAGACGCAGAGGUGAAUCCAUAGUCAGGAGAGAGGUCACUAAUAGUGAUCUUUCUCUCUCUCCUGACAAUGGAUUUGAGUAGUUAUUACUGCUGGUCACUGUGAUUUGACUAACGCCAGAAACUAGAAUUGCUUGGUUCUUUUGUUUUUAUUAUUGCCUAUUGAAUAAGGGACUUAAGAUUCAUGCUGUAACGUUGUAUAAUUUUCUGGCUGUUGUGUUCUUAGCAAAUAGCCAACUGUUUCUUACAUAUACUUAUUUAUAACUACAGUAAAAGUUACUUUAUAUCAAGUCCCAUAGACCAGAGAUCCACUAAAACCAUUUCUUACCCACAGUACUCCUUCCUCCUCCUCCUCCUCCUCCUCCUCCUCUUCCUCUCCUCCAGGCCAAAGAUGCUGACCUGGACUCCAACAUCACCUUCCGUAUCCGGACCCCGGAGGCCAAGCAACUGUUUGAUGUCAACCCAGUGACUGGAGAGCUCUCUGUGCUGCAGACGCUGGACUUUGAGACCCUGGCAGCCUCGGACCACACCUACACCUUCAUGGUGGAAGCCCACAGUGGAGGGAGCAUGCCCCCAGGCAUGGCCACUGUCACUGUAAAGAUAACGGUAAGGAAACUACUGUACCUUCCCUCUGCCCCCUCCAUAACAGAGACCCAUCAGUUAGGCCACCAGGCUGUUUAUCACUCACAAGCCAACUACAUCAUUCUAAAGGAAAAAUGCAGAAGCAUAGCAGAAGACCUGUGAAUCUCAUUUCAUAAAUACAUGGCUUCUCUCUCUCUCUCUCCUCUCUCUCUCUCUCUCUCUCUCCCAUCAUCUCUCUCUUCUCUCUCCUCUCUCUCUUCUCUCUCUCCUCUCUCUUCUUCUCUCUCUCUUCUCUCUCUUCUCUCUUCUCUCUCUUCUCUCUUCUCUCUCUUCUCUUCUCUCUCUCUCUUGCUCUCUCUCUCUGGUCUAAAACCACUAGCCAUUCUCACCACCACGGAGAUUAAAAGAGAUGAAUGAUCCUCAGCUACCUCUCAUUUAUUUUAUGUCUGGAUGAUCAUUAGGUUUGCGAGGGCUCUAUUUUGUCAGUAUUGUGGCCAUCUGAUGUAUUAUGUUUCAGAAGAAUAAGCACCAGACACAAGCGUUAUGGAGAUUAGCCUGCCAUUGACGCUCCUAGACCAGUAGGACAGUAGGCACUAUAAGAGAUCAGGCUCGUGAUAUGGUAUUACACAGCACUUAAACGAGACUGUAGUACUCAGUCAGUGUCCUUGAGUAGAAUUAUUUAGCUCUAGCUGCUACAGUGCCUUCAGAAAGUAUUCAAACCCCUUGACUUUUUCCACAUUUUGGUGUUACAGCCCGAAUUUUAAAUGUAUUCAAUUGAAAUUUGGUGUCACUGGCCUACACACAAUACCCCAUAAUGUCAAAGUGGAAUUAUGUUUUUAGAAUUGUUUACAAACGAAUUGAAAAUAAAAAAAAUAUGAAAUGUCUUGAGUCAAUAAGUAUUCAACCCCUUUGUUAUGGCAAGCCUAAAUAAGUUCAGGAGUAAAUAUGUGCUCAACAAGUCACAUAAUAAGUUCCAUGGACUCACUCUGUGUGCAAUAAUAGUGUUUAACAUCACAUUUUGAAUGAAUACCUCAUCUCUGUACCCCACACAUACAAUUAUCUGUAAGGUCCCUCAGUCGAGCAGUGAAUUUCAAACACAGAUUCAACCACAAAGACCAGGGAGGUUUUCCAAUGCCUCACAAAGAAGGGCACCUAUUAGUAGAUAUGAAAAAAAAAAAAAAAAGAAGCAGACAUUGCAUGGUGAAGUUAUUAAUUACACUUUGGAUGGUGUAUCAAUACAGCCAGUCACUACAAAGAUACAGGCGUAACUUCAAAACUCAGUUGCCGUAGAGGAAGGAAACCGCUCAGGGAUUUCACCAUGAGGCCAAUGGUGGCUGUAUUUGGCUGUAUUUUAAGAGGUAUCUCAAAAACAAACAUUUCCAUAACAGAGCAGUAUGUUACUUUUUAGGUGUCCACAAGUUUGCACCUAUACUUGCAAUAACUGGGGACAUGGGCUGGGAACCCUGUGAGGUGACAUGGAAGGCGUGUAUGGUGAGAUUUUGGAAUAGACUUGGAUAUGCCAACUGCCAGAAUAGCUAGUAAAGUUAUUUAAUGGGACCUAUCCAUAGACCUAUCCAUAGAUUAAUCAUAAACCCAAAUUGAGAACCUUUUGUUUGAUUAAGGGUGAAUUUGUGUGUGAAAGAUAUAUUAUGUAUAACCUACCUAAAAGCAAGAGAUCGCUAUGUGCACAGGUAAGAUUAGGGAUAUUGCGUAUUGAAACAGGUCGGUAUUGUGGUGAAAUGGAAGAGGAAAGACUAUGUAACUAUUGUGACCUCGAAGAAAUAGAGAAUGAAACUCAUUUGAUCCUCUAUUGCCCUUUCUACCACGAUAUACGCUUGCUGUUAUUCCAGAAAGCACACCAGAUAUACCCUGGCAUUAUGUGGCUGAGCGAUGAGGAGAAACUGAAAUGUUUUUUUGUCAAUUGUGUAUUUCCGUUUGCGGAAUAUUUAGAUCAAGCCUGGAAUAAAAGGAAAAGGGCUACCUAUAAUUAAUAUAUACAAAUAUUUAGCUUCUAUGUGGUAAAUGGUACGUGUGUAUAUAGAUUGUGUAUAGGCUUUGUGACAGACUGGGUUCAAAUGCCUUCUGUUUCAUUUUUCUGUAUUUAUUUAUCUGAAUAUGUUAUGUAUGUAUGUAUGUAUGUAUGUAUGUAUGUAUGUAUGUAUGUAUGUAUGUAUGUAUGUAUGUAUGUAUGUAUGUAUGUGUAUAUAUACAGUGCGUUUGUAUGUACAGUACCAGUCAAAAGUUUGGACACACCUACUCAUUCAAGGGUUUUUCUUACUUUUUACAAUUUUCUACAUUGUAGAAUAAUAUUGAAGACAUCAAAACUAUGAAAUAACACAUAUGGAAUCAUGUAGUAACCAAAAAAGUGUUAAACAAAUCAAAAUAUAUUUUAUAUUUGAGAUUCUUCAAAGUAGCCACUGUUUGCCUUGAUGACAGCUUUGCACACUCUUGGCAUUCUCUCAACCAGCUUCAUGAGGUAGUCACUUGGAAUGCAUUUCAAUUGACAGGUGUGCCUUGUUAAAAGUUAAUUUGUGGAAUUUCUUUGCUUCUUAAUGCGUUUGAGCCAAUCAGUUGUGUUGUGACAAGGUAGGGGUGGUAUACAGAAGAUAGCCCUAUUUGGUAAAAUGAUGGCAAGAACAGCUCAAAUAAGCAAAGAGAAAUGACAGUCCAUCAUUACAUUAAGACAUGAAGGUCAGUCCAUCCGGAAAAUUUCAAGAACUUUGAAAGUUUCUUCAAGUGCAGUCGCAAAAACCAUCAAGCGCUAUGAUGAAACGGGCUCUCAUGAGGACCGCCACAGGAAAGGAAGACCCAGAGUUACCUCUGCUGCAGAGGAUAAGUUCAUUAGAGUUACCAGCCUCAGAAAUCGCAGCCCAAAUAAAUGCUUCACAGAGUUCAAGUAACAGACACAUUUCAACAUCAACUGUUCAGAGGAGACUGUGUGAAUCAGGCCUUCAUGGUCGAAUUGCUGCAAAGAAACCACUACUAAAGGAAAGGACACCAAUAAGAAGAAGAGACUUACUUGGGCCAAGAAACACGAGCAAUGGACAUUAGAAUCCUUACCCUUUACCACUGAAUCCUUACCACUGCUACACCUGGCUAUAAGCAGAGCCUUGUCUGGACGCGAAACAGUUAAUUCAGCCUCAUUUACUGCCUUAAAAAAAAAACAUGGCUGACUUGCUUAAACAAAUGUGGUUUCUACUGACAAUUGAGAUGUACAAACUAUGGCAUAAGGGUAUGACGAGCGGACAAGAGACAAUCCGUAAUUUUGAUUAAGACAUUAAUGAGCGAGCUAGGAUGGGCGUAGUCAAUAUAGCUAUUUGUUCAGCACUUUUGAAAUGUACAGCGACAGAAUUCAGAACAUGGGCCAUUCUUACAGUAUUCUCCCUGUACACCAAGUCAGAACCGUAGGAUAAAUAAAGGGGGCAUAUAAGCAGACAAUGAAAGCUCUUACAAUAUUUGAUAAUUACAUUUCUCUAAAACAGGCUAUAGGCUACAUGUUCACCACCAAGUCAGAACAGUAGGCUAAGAUAUGAGGGGGAAAGGGACCAAAUUAUUAGGAUGAGGCACAUGAGCUACUAACAGCUUACUACACAUCAUACUUAGUAUUAAUUUCUUAGCUACAGUAUACAUAUCUCCCUGGCAUAUUACAUCAUUAAUACAUAGCAUACAAUACAUUUUUCGACGCACCUUGUUGUGUUGUGCUCACUUGAACAGGAAGAUGGUCUCCCCCUGGAGAGGCUCGAAAGCUGAGGAGAUGAGUGGUAGCGGGAAUGUCAUUGAGACCCCGGUAGUCGAUACACGGACGCAGGGUCUUGUCCUUCUUCUCCACAAAGAAGAACCUUGCGCCGGCGGGUGGAGAGGGACGCGUAAACCCAGCAGUGAGAGAGUCCUCAAUAUACCCUUCAAUCGCUUUGGUCUUGGGACCAGCCAGGGAAUAAAGUCGCCCCCGAGGAGUUGUAGUGCCCGGGAAAAGGUCAAUGGCGUGGUCAUAGGGCCGACGCGGAGGAAGCGAGGUGGCACAGGCCUUGCUGAAAACCUCCCAGAGGUCCUGGUAUUCCGCGGGAACGGCAGAGAGGUCCGGGGCUUUUCCCAAGCCCGCAGGAAGACGUCCCGGGGCAGGCAGCGCCGACUUCAAGCAAUGCACAUGGCAUAACGGGCUCCAACCUAGGAUAGAACCAGUAGCCCAAUCGAUUAGAGGAUUGUGCCUCUGGAGCCAGGAGAGCCCCAAAACCACGGGUGCAUGAGGGGAUUCAAUGGGCAGGAACUGCAUACUCUCACUGUGAUCACCCGACACUCUCAGGUCAAUGGGAAACGUAGUGUGGGUGACUCUGCCAAUAGAGCGCCCAUCCAACGCUCUGAUGUCCAUAGGAAUGGAGAGGGGUUGUGUGGGGAUACCCAGCUCCGACACCAGGGUAGCGUCCAUAAAGCUCUCGUUGGCCCCAGAGUCAAUGAGCACCCGGAGAGAUUUGGACCGGUCACCCCACAGCGGGGUAGCAUGGAGAGGGGUACGAGCAAAGGAAGGUGGGAAACUCCCCAUACGGCUCAACCGCGUACUCGUACCUACUUGAAGAUCCUGGGUUUUUAAUGGGCAGGUAGUUACGAAAUGUCCUGUAGCUCCACAAUAUAGACAGCUCUGGGUGUUAAGUCUGCAUAAGCGCUCAGUAGGAGACAAUCUAGCCCUUCCCAGUUGCAAGGGCUCCGAAGGAGGUGAGUCAGCAGCCCUCUGUGAUUCCCGAGAGAACUCGGCUGUCAUCGGGUUCACUCGGACAUGUAGACUUCAGGGGUUUCCGGGAUUCCUCGGAUGCGAGGUGGGAAUCAAGGGCGACAGGGCACAGAUUCCCUCUCCCUCCUACGUUCUCGUAACCGCCCAUCGAUCCGGAUGGUCAAGGCUAUGAGGGAGUCGAGGUCCAUGGGCAGCUCCUGGGCUGCGAGCUCAUCAGUGAUUACCUCCGAUAAUCCGUGAAGGAACAUGUCGAACAAUGCUUCCGGGUUCCAGGCACUCUCAGCCGCCAACGUGCGAAAAUCCACUGCGUAGUCUGCCACACUACGGGAGUCUUGACGUAGCUGGAGCAGCUUACGAGCAGCCUCUCUCCCGGACAACGGAGAAACGAACACCUUCCGUACUUCCACCACAAACUCCUCCAGACUGAGGCAGACGGCGGACUGUUGCUCCCACACCGCCGUAGCCCAGGCGAGUGCCCUCCUGGACAUCAGCGUUAUGAGGUACGCUAUCUUUGAGUGGUCCGAGGGGAAAGAAGAAGGCUGCAGCUCGAAGACGAGGGAGCACUGGCAGAGAAAUGCCCGGCAGGUUCCAGAAUCUCCAGCGUAGCGCUCCAGAGGAGGUAAGCGGGGUUGCUGAGAGUCUGGGGGAUCACUGGUGUGGCCCGCUGCCUAGUAGGGAAUCCGUGGAAUUGCUCCAGCAAUGUAUCGAACACCUGGUCAUGGCGUUCUGCCAGGGUAUGGAGUCCCUCCGUAAGGCAUUGCAGUAACUCCUCGUGUCUUCCAAUGAUGGCUCCUUGCUGGGAGACAGCAUUGUGGAGCUGGUCUGAGUCUGCUGGGUCAGUCAUGGCCAGUUCGUACUAUCACGACUCAGGAUAUGACUCAGAUGCAGAGACAGGAGGCGGACUGUACAGUUCUCAGUAAUAAUUUAUUAGAACACGAGGCAGGCAAAGGGCAGGUCGAGGACAGGCAGAGGUCGUAAUCAGGUCAGAGUCAGGCAGGUACAGGACGGCAGGCAGGCUCGGGGUCAGGGCAGGCAGAGGUUCGUAAUCAGGUCAGAGUCAGGCAGGUACAGGACGGCAGGCAGGCAUGGGGUCAGGGCAGGCAGGUCAGAACCGGGAAAACUAGGAAAUAAACACUUGAGAAACAGGAAAACAGGAAAGCACGCUGGUAAGACUUGACAAGACAAAAACGAGCUGGCAACAGACAAACAGAGAACACAGGUAUAAAGCACUGGGGAUAAUGGGGAAGAUGGGCGACACCUGGAGGGGGGUGGAGACAAGCACAAAGACAGGUGAAAUAGAUCAGGGUGUGACACUGUGCUUGGCUCCAUUCAUUUUUUUCCCCCCUGAAAAACUCCCCAGUCCUUAACGAUUACAACCAUACCCAUAACAUGAUGCAGCCACCACUAUGCUUGAAAAUAUGUGUGGUACUCAGUGAUGUAUUGUAUUGGAUUUGCCCCAAACAUAACACUUUGUAUUCAGGACAUAAAGUUAAUUACUUUGCAACAUUUUUUGCAGUUUUACUUUAGUGCCUUAUUGCAAACAGGAUGCAUGUUUUGGAAUAUUUGUUAUUCUGUCCAGGAUUCCUUCUUUUCACUCUAUCAAUUAGGUUAGUAUUGUGGAGUAACUACAAUGUUGUUGAUUCAUCCUCAGUUUUCUCCUAUCACAGCCAUUAAACUCUGUAACAGUUUUAAAGUCACCAUUGACUCCAUGGUGAAAUCCCUGAGCGGUUUCCUUCUUCUCCGGCAACUGAGUUAGGAAGGACGUCUGAAUCUUUGUAGUGACUGGGUGUAUUGAUACACCAUCCAGAGUGAAACUAAUAACUUCACCAUGCUCAAAGGGAUAUUCAAUACCUUACAGCUAAAUGUAUGUGUGGUGUACAGAGAUGAGGUAGUCUCCUGAACUUAUGUAUGCUUGCCAUAACAAAAGGGUUGAAUACUUAUUGACUCAAGACAUUUCAGCUUUUGUUUUUUAUUAAUUUGUAAGAAUUUAGAAAAACAUGAUUCCAGUGACAAACAAAAUCUCAAUUUAAUCAAUUUUUAUUUCAGGCUGUAACACAACAAAAUGUGGAAAAAGUCAAGGACUGUGAAUACUUUCUCAAGGCACUGUAUCUUUUGUGAUGUCCCCACAAUGUUCCCAGCAGACUGUUCCCACUACCUAAUGAAACAUUCUGGGACCCUUUAAAGAACAGACAAUGUGUUCUGGGAAUGUUCUUGCAAUAUCAGGCAAAUGUUUUAUACAAAUAUUGGAUAAUCAUCAGGACGUAUGGACAGUUUUUUGUUAUGAGAACAUUUGCCACAACCUUACGAAUGUUCUGGGGACUUGCACAGAACCAAUUUUGGUUUUCUGGGAAAACAUUACUGGUACAUUGUGUUAUUACAUUACCUGGAAACCUAAUGUGAAUUUUGGGGGAAUGUUUUGUGGUGGUUGUUACAGCUGUUGUGCACAACAUCUUAGUGAAUGUUGUGCACUAUUUCUUAUUUUUUUGUUCUACCUUAUGUUAUAUUUAGUGCUACAUUGAUAUAGAUUACUGCAUUCCAAAAUAUAUAUUUUGUUAUCAAAAACAUUCUUUGAAUUCUUUGAAUGUUUUUGGGAUGUUAUCAUCCUAUUGUUAGAUAAAACCGUACCUAGAACUUAAUGGGAAUCUUAGCUAAUGUUCUGGGAAUGUUCCCGGUUUGCUGGGUGUUAUGUAAUCUGUGCCAGACUGCCAGAGGAAUCACUGUCCAGAAGAAGUGUAAAUAUAAAAGGGGACACUGAUGAAAGCUGCUGUCUUCAAUACCCCUAUAUUUUUUAUGUGUAGACAGACAGACAACCACUAAGUUUUAUUAACAAGCCUAGGCGCUGUAUCAAGGACUUUUCUGUGUAAAUUCUGUGAGCAGGAGGGAGCCGGGGACAGAUUGUAGGCUAACACAUGUUUUGUAGUCUGAUCCAGCAGCACUCAUUAUUGGGCCUCUUCAGUCUUCAGACACAGUCUUUGGAAAACAACACUUCUUUGGGGAAAUAGAGUACUGAUGUCCUCUACCAGUACUAUGGGGUUUGCUAAGCUUCAUAUAGAGCUUUCGCCUUUGUGGUUCACACACAGGGUCUAAUGAUCUCUCUCAGGCCUGAAGUUAAAACAGUCCCUCUGUCGCACGUCAGUCUUAAUGAAGUCUCAUGAUCUGCUAUUGAGUAUCUGCCAUUUUGGUUUAGUGCUUUGCCUAAGUGUUAAUGUGAGCCUCUCUAGACCAGGCUGACAGCUGUAAAUGCAUCCAGUCCUUCAGAGGAAAUCAAAGGAAGAGCAGAGGAAAAUGGCUUGCCAUGUCCAUCAGCAGUGACAGUGAUAGCGCUAGCUACUUCACUAAUUCACAAUAAUGUUGAAUUCAAUCAAGCUCACUGAGGCUACAGCAUGUUAAUGUCAGUUGGUAGAGCAUGGCGCUUGCAAUGCCAGGGUUGUGGGUUCGUUUCCCACGGGGGGCCAGUAUGAAAAUGUAUGCACUCACUAACUGUAAGUCGUUCUGGAUAAGAGUGUCUGCUAAAUGACUAAAAUGUAAAAAUGUAAAGUUCUGACAACUGAAAGCAUUUACUGUGAGGGGUAUCUUUAUUAUGGUAGUAGUAGUAGUAGUAGUAGCAGUAGUAGUAGUAGUAGUAGUAGUAGCAGGCUUUUACAUUAAAAAAGCUGUUGAUUCAGAAACUAACUAAUUACAUGGGUGUGUUUCUCUCUUCCUUCUCCAGGAUAUGAAUGACUACUCUCCAGUGUUCAGCCAGGCGUUGUACAGGGGCAUGGUGGCUCCCAACGCAGUCAAGGGGACCGUGGUCACCACGGUACAGGCAGAGGACCUAGACCCCCCA